AUGGACUUGCGGUCUGAGAACAUGUCUAUGCAGCAACUCAUCGCCUUCAACAUGCAACGGCACAAGAACGCUCGACUUGCCGAGGCACCGGACGAUGGCGCUAAGGCGCCGGCGCCUAAACGCGCCAAGAAGGUCCACAAAUCCUCUGCGGCCCGAAUCCCCGAUCGUCGUCCUUCAUCUCUGGCGGCCGUUACGCCGAAGCUCACCACACACCUACUGACUGGCCCGAAGCGCUCUUCGACACCUUUGGACCAGAUGAUCGCGGUGGACGAAUGGAUGGAGGAGGAUGUGACGAUGAUCGAGGCCGCCCCCGCGACUAUGCCAUCCCUCGACGUUCCCGCGUGUUUGCGCGAGCUCGAGAGCGAACUCGCAAAGUUGCUCGAUGCGGGCAAGACGGUGAUCAGUCUGGAGAACACCGCAUACAGGGAGACACAGGGCAGUAGACUUCGUCGUGCUAAAGUCGUUGAGAGUGGCCGACAGGUGAUCAGCAUCGCGGAGGAUGCUCUGGGCAAGCUUCGCACCGUGCUUGGAUCUCUGCCCCUCGAGAACAAGUGA